CGUGGAUGAUAUUUAUUGGCCAUGCAGCUAGCGGCCGCAGGUGUGUGAACAGUGAUAUUUAUGUUUGGAAAAAGCAUCUUCUCACAGUACAAAUGACGACAGGUGUUGAAAUGGUAUGGUGCUCAUCAACCUAGCUUGCAAGAAAGGAUUUGCAAAGAGCGAUCAGCUGUUACAGUGCAGCUUAGUGACACGAUCUAGUCAGCUUGCCAGGGCCUGGCAGACUUGUGUGGUGUAAAUAAUCAGCCACAUCAUAGGAUGCAUGUGCCGAGAAUGUGUGUGUGCCAUGUGUAUGUGUGUGUGAAUUGUUUGUGCAUAUGUUUGUGAUUAGUUCUUCUGAUUUGUUUUGAUUCACUUCACCGUGGUUGCGGAAGAGAAGAGAUCCAAAUCGUGAAUUAAUCGAAAAGUAAUAUCAUUUAUCAGCGCUGUGUGGCGUAUGGUAAAUGCGUGGCGUUCGUGUAUCCUUAAGCUGCUGGGUGGAAGAGUGUGGAGUGUGUAAGUGAAAAGGAGCAGAGCGCAUUCUACGGUGGCCUAAUUUGAUGUUUUGAUUCAGUGUUUAAAGAUACGAGUGCAGACAGAAAGAAAAGAAGAAAAACCUUACUGCAAAACAAUUGUUUAACGGCUCGUGUGUUUUAAGUGAAAAAGGCAUGGUAUCCGCUCGGGUUUGCAACCGGUGCAAGCAUAAAGGCAGUGUGCUGUGACGCAAACGCGUCUAUAUGCUGUUUUGGCGAGCAUCCCGCCACGGAUGAUGUCGUUGGUGGACGUUUGGAAAAGAAACGAAGAAUCUCAAACGCAGAGUGAGCACAAUAAGUUUCAAACCCAGUACCCAGCAAACCAUAUGCAACUGGACACGAUGCAGGAUAUCAUAUGUGAGGAAGAUACAGUGAGAUACGUUCGCUUAAAAAGUGAAGAAAACGGCAGUGCUGGAAAUAACAACAAUAACAACAUCAGCAACAACAAUAACAAUAACGGCAUAAAUAGCUCUUCGUCGAGUAGUAGCAACGGUAACAAUAUACCAAUGGAUAAGGACGAAAAGCGAAUGCGUCGCGAAAUCGCGAACAGCAACGAAAGACGUCGGAUGCAGAGCAUCAAUGCCGGAUUUCAGAGUCUCCGACAAAUGCUACCACACCACGAGGGCGAAAAGUUAAGCAAGGCCGCAAUCUUACAACAAACAGCUGAAUAUAUUUAUUCACUAGAGCAAGAAAAGACUCGUUUGUUAUCGCAAAACUGUCAGUUAAAGCGAACAAUUGAUCAACAAGAUCACAAUGGAGCCCCAGAUGUAUCGCAGAGUACGACACAAAUUGUACCAGGCAGCACAGCAAACGGUGGUGUAGUGAUCUCCCAACAGCAACAGCUGGUGACAAAUGCUGGCGGAAACGGUCAGCCCGGAGCUAUAGUGGCGACUGUGGCCAAAAAGCGUAAAAUCGAUACGAACGUUGCCGUGCAACCUGUAUCGGAUUCAUCGGACGAAGGAUUAGGGUCAAUGUCGCCGGAACCGGUAUCGUUACGCGGUGUAAGUGUUACCUCGAACGGAAGUAACUUAUCUAACGCGCAUUCAGGAACGACAACGAUCUCCAGCCCGUCUACUCAGGGAAGACAGUGCACAACAGUAAACUUUUCCGUGAAAGACUAUUUGGAAUUGAAACAUCAGCUUGAGGUAGAACGACGACAAAAAAUGAUAAUUGAGGAACAAUUGAAGGCACUAGAACGACAAAUCUACCCAACCAGGAUACAGUAUCAAGAAUCAUCGGAACUAAUCGUGCCCGACAUCAUCAAUGAGCCAUCGCCAUCCACACAUCCCCCGGAGGACGUUGCUGUUUCGAUAAUUCACAAACCAGCCAGUAGUGGUGCUACUACCGCGGUUUCUGGCAAGCUAUCCCGAGUUCCUGCAGAAUUGGAAAGUGGUAUCCAGGUGAUUUCCUUAGAUUCGAGCAGCUUGGGAAAGAAUCAACAUGUUGUAGUAUGCUCUAGUGAGCUGAUAGAAGAAGCACUUACCAUGCAGACGGUACCAGCCGCAUCUAAACCAGUGGUUAUGCCAGUAAAGGAGGAGAAAAUAUACAUCAAACGCUCACGAUCUCGAUCGCCAACGAUAGGAGAGGCAACAGUGGUAACGCUGCCGCCGAAGAAAAACCGCUAUCCUUCAAUAUUAGAGGCGGCUAUUAAAGCUGAGCCGAAGGUGGAAGUUGAGCGAAUCGAUUCACCUUCUUCGAUUGUGGUCAACGACGAACAGAUGAUGGUGUCAACGACUGGUGCGCACCUCGUCGGAACUAGCGCCAGUUUGUCUAAUGUUCAGCAACCUCGACUCAAUUGUAACUACCGUCAUAACCUCGAAACCAUAGUUGAAGCUAUUCGACAUCUCGAAGGUGACGCGUUUGAUGCAGUUGUACCAACCCAACAACAGCAGCAACAUCAGCAACAACCGUCGUUACAUCAACCAGUACAACAACCUCAACCUCAACCCACACAACCUCCAAUAGCAACAUCCCAAUCAACUAUACAACAGCGACCUAUGCAGGAAGUUCCGCUGGCUUUGACUACAGUGAGUAAGCAACAAACUUCGUUAAUGCAAUCGAAAACUGAGCGUGAUCAUCGUCAAAGCCAGUUAGAACCGUACCUGAAGUUUCGAACAGCGCCCAUCGUAAGUGCGGGUGCGGUGCACGCGUCCGCCAACACUGCUAACUCGACUGGUACUGCCUCCAAUGUCGUAACGGUGACGCCACAGAUCGGGUCAAUUAUUUCCGUAUCGAUCGCACCAUCCGGAAAUAAUGGGCUGAGUGCCGGAUCCAGUAGUCAUUCACCUGCCACUGCAGCAUCUUCGACGACAACGAGUACAAUCGUGGCCAACAGUUCGGUCGUGUCAGCGAACAUGCCGCAACAGCAGCCCCUACCGAAUACGCUCACCACGGCAGCCCAGAUCCUGCAACAACAGCAGCAGUGCAGACCGGGUGUAAUAGUAGUGAAACAAAACUCAUGAUCCGUUACUACUGCGUCAGCGAUCGUUAGUAACUGUAGCAAUAACAGUGGUAGCCAUAGCAGCUCAACCGUUGCCCCGUCCUCAUCCAGCACCAUCGCAUUGUUUUCGACCACGGCUAGUUACAUGGGAAGUAAUGGUAUCAAGAACAAAGCUACCCCGCUGUUAGUUAGCGUAGGCAGCAGCAAUGUUAGUAAACUAAAGUAUGCGAACAACAACGGCGGUAGUAGCUUUGGUAGUGGCACUAAAACAACAGUAUCAAGCUCCAACAGUAUCAGCGGUGGUCAUCCUAACGUUGUUAUUACAUACCAGAAAUCAAUGGAUGGUGCUUGAACGAUUCUCCUAGUGAAAAAUGUCCCUGAUUUAUAUGAUUUGUUAAUUAUUUUAUUAGACGUUAUAUGUUUGGGAUUGCAUUAUUUUUACAACAUACUAUUUUGCUCGUCUUUAGCCACGUGCCGUAAUCUUAAUUCACGAUCUUGUGACGAGCCUCUACCUACUUACCCACCAUAUUGCGUAGGGUGUAGUGACAACAAAUCUGUAUUAUCCAUUAUGUGUGGAUUGGUUUGAAAACACAAUGACACACUCGGUUUGCUUUAUUACUUGGCAUAGACAGCAUCAUUCUAUACAACAUUUUAGGGUAAGGCAAUCCUCAAAGCGAGACCUAAGGCAAGAGCAAUUUUUCUUGCUUAUUUAAUUUUAAGUAUACACUGAACAAUGCAUACAGUAAGAUUUGAUUUAAAAAUAAGUUAAGACGGUAAAGAAAUGGUUAAGGAAUUAACGCUAUUAAUAGAAACGUGUAAGGAUACAGAGUUUUUAGGCGAUAAUAUCUUCGAUGAAUGAUAUCAAAAGUAAUAAAUAUGUGAAAUAUGCAAAUAUGCGCAAAUGUAGCAGCAGUGUGUGCAGUACAUCAAUUUACGGAGCAUAUAGUAAUGGACGAUGAUAGUUCGUGUUUUGCGAUAAGCUCAAUGAAAUCAUGUUGUAGCGCAACUGAUUGACUCAUUGAUAAGAUGAACGAAGUAAUGAUUCAAUUCCAUGGGGCAACAUUAAUGCGAAUCGAAGCGUUGACUUAAAGGAGCAAUGAAGGAAAACGAUUAAGUAUGAAAUAAUAGGAAGUAGAAUACGUCAGUCGUGUUUGCGAACAGCUAAACCGUAGAAGUAAGGACAUACUACAAUUCUUUACAUGUAUUCUUUAUUGUCCACAUUAAUAUAUAGGGUAAUGGUAGUUUAGGGGUUUCAUCUGCAUUUGUUUACUUUUAAGAACAUCAGCAUAACUAUACCGGGAAUGAAAUAUAACUGUCAUUAUUGAUUAGUCUUCAUAGCACUUAACUGGAUUAACGGUUCCAACAUAAUUAAGAUGUAUUAUUGCAUUGAGAUGAUAUCGCGGAUAGGAUACCAUUUGAGCAAUGAUGCAAACUCCUCUGGUUUAUGACGAUCCAAUACUUGAAUUAAUGGUGAUACUUCAAAAUUUGGAAAAAAAUAGAUGAAUGCGAGAUGCGAGUGUGUAAAAAAUCGAUUUUUGAAGGUGUUCGUUCGAUGUACAUCUUAGUAAUGUUCGAAUAAUACGUAAGGAAGCGUAAGAUUAACAGGGGACAGUCACUAUUUAAAAUGGUAAAAAUUGAAGCACGAAAGUGUUCAAUGCACAGCAAUGAAUAUGAAUUACAAGCAGCGGAUGGGGCUUGAACAAAUUGAAGCUUCGCUAAAUUCAUCCGCUCACACUAUGGAGUUGUUGUGCAUUUUUAUGAAGAACCUCAGAUCGGACACAUUGAGGUCGUUAGAUAUUCGACCAUUGAUUCUUCAAUGCUAUGAAAAUAGGGAUGACAUUGUAAGUCCUACGUUGAAUCGAUGUGCCGAAUGUUUACCAAUGUGUGUUUGGUUUGAAAUUGUUCUGAGGAUUUACUUUACCUUUUAAUCGUUUGUACUAAUUCACCGAUCGUUGGUGCUUAGCUGAAAAACGUAGAAUAGGACUAGUUGACAAAACAUUUUGUAUUUUUUUAUUGUCAAAUUGGCUUUGUGUAUGUUGUUUUCUAUUCCCGCUCCUAAAAGAAACUUUAUGAACACGAGAACCUGCACCAACCCCCUAUGAAACAUUAAUAUUUAUUCGAAUGAUGUAUUUAAAAUAAAGCUAAUAUGAUGUUUUAAGGGCAUAUACAAACAUUUGCCUCCUGCACAUCUAUACAAGCUUUAUUACCGAUCUUUUCCAGGACAUUACACGAUAAGUAUGGUGGAAAGCGUCCAAAAGAAUAUGCUGAAUAUAAUUCGCACAUUUCACUUGGAUUUUCCCCCCUAUGUUCGUAGUGUCAGGUAAUAAGGCUCCACCAGCAAAUACAAAUGAAUUAAUUUGGGCGUGUAAACUAUGUGAUCUUUUUUUUUUUAAAGUAGAUUCACCUAAUUUCAGUUUGAAUGGUAUCUAGUUUAACUGUUUAAUCGUUUUAGUUAUUAAAUUCGUUUUGUUUGUUUAACAAUUAAAACAUCAUAAAUUGGAACUGAAACCCCCUAGCAGCAAAACUAAAUUUGAAAUAGAUAAAUUUUUUUAGGCAAAUGAAAGAGUGAACAGAAACCUCUCAAAACGCAUCAAUCGUAAGGUGAAACAAGUAGUCUUUUAAAUCAAUUGCGCUAGCAAAAUUUGCAGUACAUCUUUAAUGAUCCAAGAGCGGAUGUGUAAAGAGAAACAGAAAUAACAUCUAAUUAUACCUCCUGCAUGGUGUCAGAAGUAUGGAGGAGUGUGUGUUUUUCCUUUUUUUCUUGUGUAAAGUCUUGUGAGCUUAUUAAUUAUAAGAACAGAUUAUUUGGUUUUAUCAUUUGCUUAUCACUACUGUUUGCUCCAAUGCAAAAUGCAACAUAACACUAAUAGUGUGUGUAAGUGUGGCAAAACUUAGCUAGUUUUAUGUUUGUUUGUGUACUACUUAGUAUUAAGACUGAUUAUCAAUAAACCAGACGAAACAUUUAAAACAGAAAAACAAACAAGGAACGUCUGCACGUCAUUCAAAUUGAGGGAAACUAAAUAGGUAAUCCAAAUGGAUAUCAAACAGUUACAGCUAAUCAAACAAACAGCUAAUCGUAAACUCAAACAACAGACCGACAUCACCAUUCCGAGUUGAUGGUGAAUAACGUACAGUGAAUUGGUGGGGUUACACCCAGAUAAGUCACGUUAAGAAAGGCAUUUUUUCUAUCUGCCGCGUUCCUCGCGAUAAAUGUGCAUUUUUAAAGUAAGCAAAACGGAUUUAUUUUAUCCCAAAACACAAUCUCCUCGCUGCCGAAACGAGAAUAGUUUAAAAUCGCACUUACACAGCAAAUUUUGCAAUAUUCGAUGUAUAUCUGGCGAAACGGCAAAUUCAAACGAUUGACAAAGUUACACAUGCAACCACAUACACACUAAAGCAUGGAAAUUUAUUUCAACUACUUGUGCAAAUUUCUCAUUUUUUCCCUUUCAAUAAUCUGUACAAUAAUAAUAAUAAACUCACAAGACGAGGUAAAUGAAGCAAACAAGCAACAAACAGAAUAUGCAAAUAAAUUGUAGCUAGUAAGUGUAUAAUCUAUAUUAUUAAUAUAAAAAUAAAAAAAAAGAAAAUUCACAAUCCUUUGAAAUGAUACAGCGGAGAGAGACAUUGUGCAACCAACCAAGUGUACUGCUAAAUGGGGCAUGUGUGUAGUAGAAUGGGGAGAUUAAGGACGAACUAAUCAACCGAAGUCGAAGAAAAUAUUCAAGCAAUCUAAACCAUGUGCUCCAUAGGGCCUACUGGGUGAGGGGUAGCUCAAUUGUUAGCUUUCCUCUGCCUAUCAUUCCUGUAAGGGUAUGUUAAGGUAAAAUAUAGGGAAUCAAUCGGGCUAAAUAUGAUUUAGAGAGAUAGAGAGAAAUUGACAGAUAGAAAAA